AUGCUUACAUGUUCUCAGUUUUCGUUCAUAUCAAGUUCCUUGAGCAUAUUAUCAUUAUCAUGUUGGGUAUGGGCACAAUUACCUCAAAUUUAUUGUAAUUAUAGAAACAAGUCGGCCGAAGGAAUAUCGCCUCUGUUUCUAUUAUUAUGGUUCAUGGGAGAUUUCUUGAGUUUUACAAGCUGCUUACUCAACGAUGUUGUUUUGAAAUUCCAAGUUUACUUGAGUUUGUUUUUCUUGUGCAAUGAUAUUAUGUUGUGUUACCAAUAUUAUUACUAUAAUAGUGUAUAUCCAAGAAAGUAUGGUAAUAUUGAGAACUUGAAUACAGAUGAUGCCGAUAAAGGUGAGGGGCCUAUGUUUAAGGAGGAAGGCAUGAAAUCAUUUGCGGAUGACCAAGUUAGGGCUAACAAUACAUCUGUACAUACAACGGCUAAUGCUAUACAUAUUAGAAGUCUGAACUCCAAUUUUAAUAAUAAGGCACCAUCACAUACAUUAGUGCAGUCCAUAUCGUCAUCAUCAUCGAAUAAUAAUAGUUAUAGUUCAAUCAACGAUAACCAACAAUAUUUGAAAUCUAUAGCUAUUGGAUCAAUAAUAAAUGCAUCCGUGACUGCGGCAAUGCCGGUUUCAAUGGAAAAAUUGGCUAAAGAUACACUGAUUUCUUCAGCAAUAAACAAAGAAGCAUUGGGCAUAUUUUUAGCUUGGAGUUGCACAUGCGUUUAUGUCGCCUCUAGAUGCCCUCAGUUAUACAAGAAUUACAAGAGAAAAUCAGUGGAUGGAAUUUCUCCUAUAUUGUUUGGGUGUGCAUUAAUGGGAAACUUAACUUACACAUUAUCCAUUUUAACAAGUUGUGAAUUUAUAUAUGAUGAUGCAAAAUCUAGCUUUUUUGUCAAACAACUUCCAUAUAUAUUAGGAAGCUCAGGAACAGUUGUAUUUGACUUUCUAUACUUUUACCAAAGAUUCUUGUACAAAGAUACGGGAAGAAAUACCACUGUCAUGAGCAUGGAUGAUUGGGAUCAUAUAAACCAUUCGGAUAAUAAUCAUGAAAAUUCAGUCUUAUUAUAA